GCUCGCCUUUUAAAGGUGUUACAGAAGCGUGGUGGAAAACCGUACGCUACGAUGAAUGCGCCUUUCGCUCAGUUGGAGCAGCAGCCGUUCCAGUGAUUCCAGCGGCGCGAGCGAGACGAGAGCGGACACGAGAGCGAGAACAAGACUCGACGAUUGUGUCUCGAUUUUACGGAUCGGUUCUGAACGCGAUGCGCGAGGUUGCUGAUCCCCGCGAACGAUGCCGGGAUCGUCGUCACGAGUCACGAGUGCUCUUUGAACAAGUGUAUGCGUACAAACAAUUUUGAGGAGAGAAAUACGGAGGAAGAAAAAGUACAUGGUAUGGACCAGAGGUGUUGAAUAUACUCUCAUCUCGUGUAACCGAGCGAUCGAUAUGUCGCGACGAUCCAGAUUCGGCCAGCGCGUUUCCACGAGAAGAGGAAUUAUCUGCGGAUAAGGAUCGAUGCGGGGAAGAUAAUCUCUCUUAAAUACGGAUGAAAUACAGGAUGAACUCUAAACGCGAAUGUUACUGAUAUUUGUCUUUAAUAUUCUUGCGCGAGUGCAUUGAUAUAGACCCCAAAAAUGCAUACUUCCAGAUAUGCUGGUUAUCACAUUAGCGCAAAUCGUGAUUACAUUACAGAUGGAGAAGAGAGCCACAGAGCUCCUUCAGAUCGUACCGUAUCUGAAUAUAUCGUUGCCAACGAACAUACUACCAUGGUAAAACCAAUAAAAACAAAUCAUGCAGACAGAUAUGACAGAGAAGAUAAAAGAUCCAGAAGCGCGCACAAUACUCGCGAUUCAGUAUUGUCUGGAUCUUCGAAACAUAGUUUACAUCCACUUAGUAAAAGUGCCUCGCACGGCAGUAUUUGUGACAAUGGUUCAGAUAUAUAUGUCACCAGUGCUGCAUAUAGAGCCACUUCUGACAUAAGUCGGGUAUCACGCCAUAGUCUAGCACCAAGCUCCAGAUUGGAUCACAGAGCGCCUAGUCACUACAGCUAUGGUUCCGGUAGGUCGGGUACUUCGACAGUGAAAACUCGUACGUCACGGAAAGGUGGUAUAAUUGUGGAAACUAUGUCAACACCCAAUCCAUUCUGUCCAAACACUAAGGGUGUCUGUUGCCUCAUGUUACUUCUUAAUCUCGGCUUGAUCCUGGUUACUCUGGGCUUUGUUAUCGUCAUACAAUUCUUCCAACCAUUAGUUGUUUGGAUCUUAGGAAUAGUAUUUCUGGUGUUUGGAUUUUUGACAUUGAUUGGAAGUCUCGUAUAUUGUGUACAUGUGUUCAGAAAUGCCAAACACCCCCAUGAUAUUAAUCCAGAAGAUUUAUAUUGGACCCAUUAUUGGCAAGGUCGUGUUGGUUCUACAGCACCUGAAGUUUAUUAUAAAGCGGAAGACAAGUAUCAGGAUGAUGGCUAUAGUGACCGAUAUAGUAAAUAUUCAGGAAAGUAUUAUGACAGGCAAAGUCAAAGAUAUUGAUCAAAAUAUAAAAAAUAGCGUUAACUAUUAAUUGACCAAUUACUCUGACAACUCUUAAUUCUAUAAAAUAUUUUGGAAACCAAUGAUAAAUAAAAAACUAAUCUCUGUGCAAUAAAAUAUACUACUUAUGUUUUUGUAUAUAUAGAUAUUGUACUAACACAUUUUUUCCUGCUCUGGAAAAAAUAUAAAUUGUAAAUUUACCUUUUUUAUAUUAAUAAAUAAUCUACAA